AUGAGAAGAUCUGGUCCAACACCAGCUUGGACUAUCUUCGUCGCUUACUCUCCUACAUCAAGCUACGAUGAAGAAGAAGUCUUAGCUUUCUAUAUGGACCUGGAGAAGUUCUACCGAGAAGAUCAUGCCUUCUACAAGGUCAUAAUUGGCGAUUUAAACGCCAAAGAUGGCCCAAGAAGAACCCCGGAGGAACUUCACAUCGGGACCCACGGCCUGCAAUGGAAAGAGCAGAGAGAGAGGUUUUCCGAGUUUAUCAUAGCGACUUAA